AUGAAACGUAGAAACACAAUUGAUAGUUUGCAUGUCAAUUGGCCCAUUGUUCAAUACUAUUACACACACAACAAUGGCAGCUGCGAUGACAUUUUGAUCCAACAUAAAUCAUUCGACACACCAAGACAAAUCCAUCACAAUCAACCAAACCACUACAAUAACCGUCGCAGGACGUUUCCCUUGGAGAAACCAGUUCCUGGAGGAAAGCUUCAUCAUCAUCCUCAGAAUCGUCGGCAUAGUCAUAAAAUCCAAAUCGUGACACCAACCCCCAUUGUCCGUCGAGGGUCAUCCUAUCAAAAUCAGCAACAGCAACAGCAGCAAAAACAGAAAAAGAAGAGAGAGACACUGGCUAACAUCAUAUACAACCUAUCACGAAGUAACAGUAGCACAUUGACCAGUGGCAACAUUUCCUCCACGAUGAAUCAUGAUGAUACCCCCCGCGUGGACUCAGACUUGGACAUCAAAUGGGAGACAAUCAGACAAUACAACCCGCAGUUGGACAAUGAAAAGAUACUAGAGCAAGUCAGCCAAGAUGAAGAUGAAAGCUAUUCAUAUGAUUUGACAUCUCAGGAACAAAGCAAUCAUGUGGCGGCAGUGGCUAUGAAUGAUGGCAGUAACAACAGUAGUAGCGAUGACAGUAAUGGAUUAUUUCUUCCUGCUGGACAGGAGGAAAGUGGUGCCACUGGGUCAAGCGAUGCAAUGAGCAUUCAAAUGGAUGCAGCAACCAACAGCCAUGAGAUGCCAGCCACGACAGCGAUUGCACUCAAGACUGAAUUACCUACUGCUAUUACGCUCGUGCCCAUGUCAAACAUUGUCGACCAUACAGACAUGUUUCUCUUUUUAUUUGGCUUCAUCAUGUUCCCUCUCUGGUGGAUUGGCACAUGGCGGUUCUUUAUGCAAUCAGACAAGACGUUUCUUCACAAGCAGCAAAGAGCCUUUCAGAUAGUGAACUGUUGUAUGGCACUGGCCAGCCUUUUAUUAACCGGAUUGAUUAUUGGUUUAGUUACUGUUUGGGCAUAG